AUGUGUACUUGUGGUCAACCCAAUCACCCAGGAGAGCCGUGCAAUGAACAUAAGAAAUGUAUCAACUGUGAAGGACAGCAUGCUGCUGAUUCUAGAGAAUGUCCGCGGAUGAAGGAAGAAGUUGCCAUCCAAAGAGUGAGGACGCUAGAAAAAAUUAGUUAUCUGGAGGCAAAAAGGAAAGCGGGAAUAGGAAUUCUGACACAAAAUCAAAGCUUGAACCCCAGCAGCUCAGUCACUAAGAAAGCCAAGGCCAUUCUUGGAAGGGAGCAAAGACUCGAAAACCCAACAGCAACAGAAAUACUGGAUCACCUUAAGCAAAAGCUCAAGGCUAUGGCUAAAAGCUCCGACGGUAUAAGGAAAGUAACACAAGACGUCAACACAAUAGUCAGUUUAGCAGGAGUGAAAGGAGCUUUUAUAAAAUUUAGAGUCAGAAGAUCACGAGCCUCAAACCCUGAAAGAAAAUAA